AUGUAUUCAUACAGUGAAAGAAGAAGUACGGCGACAUCUACACGUACUGGCAAGGCGAGACACCCAUCGUAUCUUUCAACAGCACUCCUACAAUAUACGAUGUUUGUAUUAGUAAAGCAGAUGUCACUAGUAGUCGCUAUGGCUUCUACGAGUUCAACGAUUACUGUAGAUGUGGAAACGGUGGUAUUAUCUUCUCGCCCGACCCAAAAUGGAAGGAAAGGAGGAAGUUCUCCAACAAAGUGCUACGAGCUUUCGGAAUGGGCAAGAACUUGAUGGAACAAAAGGUAAAUACAUGUUCUUGUCAUACUUAAUCUGUAGAUUGUUUAUAACUACAUAAUAACUGACAUCGCAACUCCUUUUAGAUUUUAGAAGUAGUAGUACCAUUGAUAGAAGAGUACAAACAGAAUAGUACCCAAAGUGACAUCACUGUAAGUGUCAAGAAGGCGAUAGGCUCCAUCAUCAACUCGUUCCUCUUUGGCUACACCUUCAUCAAAGAACAUGCCGCCAAGUACGACCAGUUGGACGCUUUAGUACGGACCCAUAUUGAAGGCCUCGGAGAUCCUCUGAUUCUGCUUUCUGUAGAUAAACCCAAAUUCAUGGCCAAGAUACCAAACGUCGGUCAAAAAGUAGAGGCAGUGCGACAGAGUGCUCAGAACCUAAAGGCUUUCUUUCACUCUCAGAUAGUACAACAUCGACAAGAAGUGUCGUUCGAGACCGAUCAGGAAUCACAAGAUUAUACUCAAGAAUACUUCAAAGAACAACGCAGAAGGGCAGAGAGUGGCGACGACGAAACCUUCAGGUAAAAUAUAUAACUCAUACCUGUACUUUUAACAAAAAUAUCAUUUAUGUUCCUUUAUAAAAUAUUCGUAGGCUUUAAAGUAACCAUAACUAAUAUAAUCAAAUAACAUACAAACUAAUUCUAGUGAUGAAUCUCUGUACCAGUUGUGUUAUGACCUAUGGCUAGCAGGACAAGAUACGACCAGUAACACCAUUAGCAGAGGAAUAGCGUUCAUUGUCAACAAUCCUCAAAUUCAAGAGAAAAUACACAACGAGCUGGAUACUGUAAUUGACUCAAAUCGUGUCAUCACUUUGAAAGAUCGACCAAACUUACCGUACCUUUGUGCUACCUUAAACGUAAGUUAUAUUUGCCUCACACAUGCUUCUUAUCUCUCUUAUAGUUACAUAUCCAUCAAAAUGAGCAUUUCUAUUCAGGAAGCCCAAAGAAUAUCCAACCUUGUAUCUCAAAAUACGUGGAGACACGCUGAUGAAGAUUUUACGGUGAACGGCGUCACAGUGAAGAAAGGAACGUGCUUCAUCCCUCAAAUAUCAGCUGUUCUUUUCGAUGAAAAUGUAAGUUACAUAACGUAGUAACACAAAAAAAAAUUGUACAUAACGAAAUAACAUCGAACACAACAUAGUUCACCUGUACGUAUAAUCCAAUAUAAAACACGCUUUUUAGAUAUACAAGGAUCCCAAAACUUUUAAUCCCGACCGCUUUAUCGACCAGAACGGACAACUGAAAGUGGACGAGAACUUUAUGCCAUUUUGCAUUGGUCGCAGGGCUUGUCUCGGGGAAGGACUGGCAAAAAUGGAGCUCUUCUUGUUUAUGGCCAACGUUCUCAACACUUUUAAGGUACGUCCAUAUCCAAAACGACAAUUAACAAUAUUUUUCAGCUGACUUCAACUACAGGCAGGCCUGUUGAUGUCAGAAGAAAGACUGGUGUCAUCGUGCAAACAAUACCUUUUGGUGUACAAUUUACAACUCGACGUUAA